AUGAACAAUAUAGACGUGGCCAAAACGCGGUCAGAGCCCGGUCUCCCGUGGCUGGGAAGAGCCAGCAGGGCUCGGCAGCGCAGCCGGCCCGGGCGCUCGGGCAUUCACCGCCCGCCGCGCUCAGCUCCGCGGCACAGCCAUCGGCCUGGCCUUAGACCUGCCCGGCGCCGUCCCGGGCCGCAGGCAGUGAUCCAGCCCAGCACCCGCACUGGGGAACCGCCGCUCCGACCACGCCGCGACCAGCGGAAUAUGGAAGUGUGGGGAGGUCCCUCCCUCCCUCCCUCCGCUCACGCUGCCGUCCUACGAUUUCUUCCUUCCCCCACCAGAACCAUAGCGGAUGGACAGCCACCGAGGCGGCAGCUCCCGCGAACAGAACCGCACCACAGACUACAGCGUGUAUUAGCGGAAAAAAACACAGAUAUUUUUCGUGGCACCCGCAGGGCGGGACCGGCGGGGCCCGGUCGGCUGCAGCCCCCGCUGUUCCCCAGCAGCUGGGCCAGGAGGACGCGGCGGUGCCUCCCCCCCUUUCCCGGAGCCUCUCGGCUGGUGGGGAGGCGGCCCCGGGCUGAGGAAACCGGCCGGGGGACUCGCGGGAGCCCGCAGGCGCCGCCAGCUCAGCUCACACUGCCCCUUCCCCCCCGGGCUGAGUCACCCCCUCCGCGUGUUGCGUCCUGCCCGCGUCCCCCCACCGGUACCUUCCCGGUCAGUGCUCCAUCGCCGCCGGCUCCCGCCCACCCCCACAGCUCCGCAGCCGCCACGAGCACAGGGAGCGGGCCGGGCCGGGCCGCGCCGCCUCGGCUGGCGGCAGGAGGAGGAGGAGGAGGAGGAGGAGGAGAAGACUAAGCAGGACCACCCCUCUCCGCCAAGCCGGCCGGCCGCGAGGCACGCCGGGAUGUGCCCCAGCCGCGAGGCAGCCUGGGAGUCGUAGUCCCACCCGCCGCUUCAGUACCGCCAGCCCUGCUGUAAAACCGACCGCAGCGGUGGAAUAAACUAGGGCUGUCCCGGGAUGCCCCCGAACUGCCUGCAGUGUAUGGAAAUCGUGCCGUGUCAGCGGCGGUGGGGCGGGGCUCCGCCGCCGGUGCGAGUUCUGCAGUAGCGGCCGGAGCGACCGGCUUGGGGACACGCACAGGGCAGGGCCCGGGCUGGCGUGCUCUUGUCCGUAAGGAGGAAUCCAGCUGCUCUAGCUGUGUCUGCACACGUAGCACUGGGCUCCUGCGCACAGGGCUCUGCAGGCAGCGCCGUGUUCUGGGUUUUGCCUCGCCACACGCCCGCGGGGCCGCUCGGCCGGACUGAAAACCGACCCAAACGCGAGCAACUGCGUUACAAACCCGAGCCAGCCCCGGGGCUGUUACAGUAUCUUCCGAGGCAAAACCCACGCCUGUCCCGUGGCCACGGCAGCGCGGGUCUCAAAAGGCAUGAGGGGCUCAAAGAUCGAGAGAAACUUGUUUGUUCUGCCAGCAGAGCCACUGCCCGUUCCCAGUGCACGGGGAAACGAGCGCCCGGCGGGACCAGCCGUAAGACUCAUCCCAUGCAACUGAGUGCGUGGGGGCGAUCUUCGGGGGCAACCUCACGGCAGCCAGUGACCUCGCUAUCCCGGAGGACGACGAGUGAGAAAGGUUCCCCCGAUACCCCCUACGCUGCCGGCUACCGCCCCGAGGGAAUUUCGGUGUCUCCGCCUGGAGCCUCUUUGCAACAUCCUUCACGCUAACGCCAGCAGGGCGGGCUGGAGAGGGAGUCACGCACAGCCAAGUCUACCUUCUAUCAGGCCCAUGCGGGCCCGCGGCCCCGGUGCCGGGAGCAGGGGCUUGGGCCGGGGCCGCGCUGCCUGCAGCCAACGAUAGGGGGAGCGCGAGCCGGGCCGGGCCACGCGGCGCCGCCAG